AUGGCGAUAGCAGCACUGGAGCAACUAAAUAUAAGCGAAGUGCCGGCAUGGGGUUCGCGAGGUGUCGAUUGCUUCGAGAAAUUGGAGCAGAUCGGUGAAGGAACUUAUGGGCAAGUUUACAUGGCUAGAGAAAUCAAAACAGGGGAAAUUGUUGCUUUGAAGAAAAUUCGAAUGGACAACGAAAGAGAAGGGUUCCCUAUAACGGCCAUACGUGAAAUUAAAAUCCUCAAGAAGCUGCACCACGAAAAUGUAAUAAAGUUGAAGGAGAUUGUAACGUCUCCAGGUCCUGAGAAGGAUGAGCAAGGUCCACCAGAUGGUAACAAAUACAGAGGUGGGAUUUACAUGGUUUUUGAAUACAUGGACCAUGAUUUGACUGGUCUCGCCGAUCGUCCUGGAAUGAGAUUUUCAGUUCCACAAAUAAAGUGCUAUAUGAGACAGCUAUUGACAGGGCUUCACUACUGUCAUGUAAAUCAAGUACUUCACCGUGAUAUUAAAGGUUCUAAUCUUUUAAUAGACAAUGAAGGAAACUUGAAGCUCGCAGAUUUUGGUCUUGCCAGGUCGUUCUCAAGUGAUCACAAUGCUAAUCUUACAAACCGUGUAAUUACUUUAUGGUAUAGGCCACCAGAGUUGCUCCUCGGUGCCACGAAGUAUGGUCCAGCUGUUGACAUGUGGUCAGUUGGUUGCAUAUUUGCUGAACUUCUACAUGGGAAACCAAUAUUUCCAGGGAAAGAUGAGCCAGAGCAAUUGAAUAAAAUUUUUGAGCUCUGUGGGGCUCCAAACGAGGAUAUUUGGGCUGGGGUCUCAAAAAUUCCUUGGUACAACAAUUUGAAACCAUCGAGGCCAAUGAAAAGACGUCUUAGAGAAUUUUUCAGACACUUUGACCGGCAUGCGUUGGAUUUACUCGACAAGAUGCUGACCCUUGACCCUUCUCAGAGAAUAUCAGCAAAGGAUGCUCUUGAUGCUGAGUAUUUCUGGACAGACCCAUUGCCGUGCGAUCCCAAGAGUUUGCCCAAAUACGAAUCUUCACAUGAGUUCCAGACUAAGAAAAAGCGUCAGCAGCAGCGCCAACAUGAAGAAAAUGCAAAACGGCAGAAACAACAACACCAACAACAGCAUUCUCGCCUUCCACCAGUUCAGCAAUCUGGACAUGCGCAUGCUCAGAUGCGACCAGGUCCCAAUGCACCAAUGAACGGGUUGCAACCUCAGGUUGUUGGAGGACCGAGCCAUCAUUAUGGAAAGCCUCGGGGACCUUCACAAGGUCCUGGCAGAUACCCACCCGGUGGAAACCCCUCUGGAGGAUACAACCACCCAAAUCGUGGUCAAGGUGGAGGUUAUGGUAGUGGCCCAUAUCCGCCUCAAGGGCGGGUUCCUCCAUACGGUUCAAGUGGCAUCCCGGGUUCUGGUCCUCGAGGAGGUGGAGGAAGUGGCUAUGGAUCCGGAGGUCCAAAUUAUCCUCAUGGGGGUCAAUACGGGGCUUCUGGAACUGGACGUGGCUCAAACAUGGUGUCUGGGUCCCGGAAUCAACAAUAUAAUUGGCAGCAGUGA